GAUGUAAAUAGGUAAAGUUGACGGGGUCAAUGAGCAAACAUUAGAAAGAAAAGAGAGAAACAAUCGGCAAUGGAUCUUCCUUCCCUUGUCUCUGAAAUUGACUUUCAUUCCUACGGAUAAUCGCUUUGGCUUUCGAUUGGUUUCGGCCUCUUUAGUCAAAACGGAAAGGACGCCAAAGCGCAACCACAUUCCUCCCCCCCUUCCCCUUCUCCUUCUUUCCUCGAAAAACCCUAACCGGCCCCACUAUUUUUCAUUUUUUUUCCAAUUUAAGAGAAAACUAAAAAAAAUUAUUCAGAAACAAAGUCAACCGGAGAUAAUUGAAAAGGAGAUUUCGAUUUUUCCUUCUUAGGACUGUUUUGGUUGUUGGGUUUUUUUGGAGAGAUGUCGUCGGAGAUCGAGGUUGUUGAAGACGUUCAACCCUUGAAGCAAUCGGAUGGCGUUGUGGGGAAUGGAAAUGGAUAUUAUGGGGGAGGGAACAAUGGGGUUGUUGGUGGUUUCGUUGAUGAUGAGAGCUUGAGGAAUGAUGUCUACACGGUUGCUGCUUAUGGGGAUUUGGAGAAGCUCCAAAGGUUGGUUGAGUACGAGGGUCGCUCUCUUUCCGAGCCUGAUGGCCUUGGUUACUAUGCCCUCCAAUGGGCUGCUUUGAAUAAUAGAACAGCUGCUGCUCAGUACAUCAUCGAGCAUGGUGGAGAUAUACAUGCGGCAGAUCACAAUGGGCAGACAGCCUUGCAUUGGAGUGCAGUCCGAGGUGCGAUACAAGUUGCUGAUAUUUUACUCCAAGAGGGUGCUCGGGUGCAUGCUGCUGACAUCUAUGGCUACCAGGUAACACAUGUUGCCACCCAGUAUGGUCAGACUGCUUUCCUGUACCAUAUUGUUUCAAAAUGGAAUGCUGACCCUGACAUUCCAGAUUAUAGUGGGAGUAGUCCUUUGCACUGGGCCGCUUAUAAAGGUUUUGCCGAUUGCAUACGUCUUCUUUUAUUUCUCGAUGCUGAUAGAGGGCGUCAGGACAAAGAGGGUUGCACUCCUCUCCAUUGGGCAGCUAUUAAGGGUAAUCUAGAAGCUUGCACUGUCUUAGUACAAGCUGGCAAGAAGGAGGACUUGAUGAUCACUGAUAAUUCUGGCCUUACACCUGCACAGCUUGCUUCUGAAAAAAAUCACAGACAAGUUGCUUUUUUCCUUGGAAAUGCUAGAAGGUUGCUUGAAAAGAGAUGUGAUGGGAACAGCCGUCUUGGACGCCUUUCUAAAUUAAGCCUUGCCCCAGUUCUUUUGUUUAUUAUCUUGGUAAUGCUGGUGACCUAUACUCAAUCUGUCAUAACGGCAUCAAAUCUGCCAAAGUUGACAGCUGGUUUUGGCCUUCUGGCAUGGAUGGGUGUUUUCCUAGCAUCUGCCGGUUUGGUUAUGUUUUAUAGGUGUAGCAGCAAGGACCCAGGUUAUAUCAAGAUGAAUGCCCUUGAUCCUCAAAAUAUGAAAGACAGUGAACGCUUAUUGAAGAUUGAAAUAAAUAAUCCUAUUUUGCUAGCAGGCAAUUGGUCUCAGCUUUGUGCAACAUGCAAGAUUGUCAGGCCCCUUCGUGCAAAACACUGCUCCACUUGUGAUCGUUGUGUUGAACAAUUUGACCAUCACUGCCCUUGGGUAUCAAAUUGUAUUGGCAAGAGAAACAAAUGGGAUUUUUUCCUUUUCCUUGUUUUAGAAGUUUCAGCGAUGUUGAGUACUGGUGCGGUAGCUAUUACAAGAAUCGUGACAGAUCCACUGGCUCCAUCUCCAUUUUUUCCAUGGAUUAACCAUGCUUUUACUCAUCACAUUGGUGCUAUAACAUUUUUGAUUGUGGAUUUUUUCCUCUUCUUUGGUGUGGCAGCUUUAACUGUUGUACAGGCUUCUCAGAUAGCCCGCAAUAUAACAACAAAUGAAAUGGCCAAUGUGAUGCGCUAUAGCUACCUCAGGAGUGCUACUGGGCGAUUUAGAAACCCAUAUGAUCACGGAUGCCGUAAGAACUGCUCAGAUUUCCUGAUCAAUGGCUACAAUGAAGAUGUGCAAAUUAGUGAAGAACCAGCACAUUUUGAAGGAAUUGGGAUGGUACAAAUGGGGAGGGAUUUGAACUUGGAAAAUGGUGAUUUGGAAACUGCGGCAAACAGAAAUGGCCAUAUUGCUAUAAAUGUGAAUUCUAGUGAUGCCAAUGCACAUCAUCAUGGCCAUGGCCACAGCCACAGCCACAGCCACAGCCACGGCCACAGUCGUGGCCACGUUCAUUCUUCCCAGUGUAACCAUAGUAAGCCAAGCAAGCCAAAAAAUGAGAGCGUGCCGUUGGGGUUGGGAAUUGGACUUGGACUUGGACAUGGACGUAGUAAUGGCCGUUCAGUGGCGACAUCAUGAUGUUCUUCAUAUAUUUAUCCAGUACAAGUACACACUGACAUGCAUUGUAUUAUAAGUAUACAUCCUUAAGAGCUCAGCUAUUUUUUAUCGAGUGGCUGCUCCUUUAAUUAUUAUUUAAUUAAUUGAUUUUUGUUUCUUUCCUA